UUGUUAGUGGUCUCCUUAUAUUAAAAAAAAAGCCAUUGCAAAUGCACAUUUUUCUUACCUGUGUUUGUCCUUGUAAUGAACUGUUGGACUCACAUUUCUUGUUGUUUGCUGACAGCUUAAGCCUGCCCCCAUCUCUGAACUGUGCCCCCAACCUGGAAGCUCCCCACUCUGGCGCUGACUUCAGAUUCGAAUCACACAAACCCCUGCCCGGGUGCCGAACUUUUGCUCUGCCCCACCCCCAGCCACAGCAAAACCCAGAGCAGGGUCACGGCUCCGUGAGUGGCCUGGCGGCCUUGCGGUUCAAAGCAAUGUCUUCGGAGAGAACAGGUUGCAGCCCACUGCCCAUGCAAGGUCGGCUCAAAGACGUGACCUCCGGCCCGCUGUCACUCAGGCGGGCGAGGGCGGGGCCUUGUGAACGGUCCAAUCAGGAGAGUCGCCUGAACCAUACGUGCGGGCGGCGCUGUGGACGGCGGGGACUGUGUGCCGUCGCUGCUGUCCGUCUGAGGCUCGCAUCACCUCUCGCUGUCCUGAAAGGCUUCGGGAGCUUCCGCCACAUCCUCUGUGACCGUGACCUCCGCUGGCCGCGGCAAUCGUAUGGUGGUCGACCCGGUACCCCAGAAAGCCAGCAAUGGCCUCCUGGACUCUCAUGUUUGGUGAUGGGACUAGAAGAACAAGCUUCCAGUUCUUGUGUUUUAUUCAUUAAAACCUCAUGCAGAUUUGACCCCGUACAUCAUGGAGUGCUGAGUUAAA